AUGAUCACCAUCCCCACUGCGGUGGCCGAGUGGCCCACGUUCCAGGCGUAUGGGCAGCUGGCGCGCCACUAUGCCGAGUACGGCGCGAUACCGACCCCGCUCCACCGGGGCGAGGUGGCCGACGUGCUCUUCCUCGCGAGCAGCAUCUGCACCAGCAUGGCCGCGAGCGUGGAGCAGGUCGCUGGCGCGCGCGAGAUCCGCCUCAAAGUAUUGUGUGUACUAGACCCGUCGUUCCUCCGCGAGCCGUACGACGGCUUGGCGCAGCUCACGCCCAUGCCGUCGGGCAGCAGCACCUUCCACACGUCGGUCUCUAGCCCUAGCCCCGGGGACACGCCGUCUGGCGCCGGCAGCGGCGUUGGCACCGGAACCGGCACCGGCACACUAGAGCACCUCACCCUCGCCAUUGAGGGGAUGCAGGACACGCUGGCCGAGAGCGUAAGCCAGCUGAGCCAGCUAAGCAACGACAUUCUCGCGAUCCGGCCCGCACCGCCGCCACUCGACACCGACUCGGAGAGCACAUGUACUGUCGAAGUCAUCCAGCUGCGGCGCGACAACGAGGCGCUCAAGGGCGAGCUGGCGACUGCCAAGACGCGCCUCAAGAAGGUCGAGGAGGCGCACCGGAAUCGGAUGCUGAACGGCCUCACACCGUUCUCCAAGUGGAACCCGGUCGAGGCGCCGCAUGGCCCCAUACCAGCAGAUCUGCCACCCAUCUCCUCCCGCGAGGCCUUCCUCGCCAUGGACCAGCCAACCGUGGCCCGCUGGGCGAGCUACUACCUCGGCGUGGCUAGUCGUGUGCGGGACGCGCGCGACGCAAACUACCUCCGGAGUCUGAUCUGCCCGUUCAUCGGGAUCCGGCCAGAGCUCACCAAGUGGGCGAGCGAGGGCAAGGCCUCUGCCCCAGCGGGACCCUCGGUUCAGUUUGUGCACCCGUUGUAG